GGAAUUUCUAUCAUUGUUCUAUUAAAAAAAAAGAGCGUAGUAGGUAUAGCACACAUGCAUAGCGAAUUAUUUUUUUCAGUAUUUUACUUCCAACAAGCAAACUCAUUUCAAACUGCACUCGAUUCUCUCUAUGGCGUACGAUUUCACCACGAACGUAAUGCCUCCAUAAAACCGAUUAUCCUCUUUUUUCUUUCUUUUAUCGUUCAUUCUCCAUAUAUAACUGAGCUCACCCACUUUUGCAAAUCCAUUUCAUCGUCAUCCAUCAGAAACAGUAAAGUUUAGACCAUGACUUAUUGUCAACGCUGUGGUGAAUUAAAUCGUGCAGAGAAAUGCACAAAAUGCGGCAAUCCUUUGCAAUCAAAAACAUCAGCGCCAUCAAUGUCUGCGCUACAUACCCCCAAGAUAGAUCGGUGGCAGUCAAGUUAUUUGGGAAGCUUUAUGGGCCUUGAUAGCUUGCUUUCGCCACCUCCUGUCGACGACAAUAACUCCUCCACCACUACCCCUUCAUCACCUGUAUCAUCAACCACAUCUUCAUCCUCCCUACUGAGUCGAUCACGAAGACCAACACUGUCUUCACUGUGGGAGAGCAAUAAGCGUAUCGCGCCAUCGCCACGUCCACCUGUUGCAACUAAAAUAACAGUAACGACAGCAGCAAAUAACAAAAAGCCAUGCUGUCCAGAAUGCAACAAGGCGUUGUCCGGAAAAACUGUACGAUUGCCUGAUAGCUCAACGAGGUAUCACUGGGCAUGUCUGAAAUGCGCACACUGUCGCGAACCGUUUGAUAAUACGUCGUUUUAUACUGAUAAUGCCAGCCGCAUUUACCAUCCAAAGUGCUCGCCUAUGAUGAUGAACAAAAGCUGCUUGCGCUGCUCAACCGAGAUCAAGGAUGCCUAUAUCGUCAUCCAUAAUAGGGCUAUGCAUCCCAAGUGUUUCCGUUGCACAUCUUGCCAAAAAGUGCUCCAGCCUUCCAGUGUAUAUACCGAUGCAAAAACCGCCGUGUUUUGUCAAUCGUGCUCCAACGAUAAAUUGCAGCUCGCCUCGCGACAAACCAAGAUUGUGCCGCAAUUGCAUCCACCACCAGCUUCAUUUCCUAUUGCCGAUUCAAUGGAUCGGCUGUCACUUGCACCAAGCAGCAUCAGUGGAGGUAGUCGAGCCAGCAGUCAAACUUCUUCACCUAUACCUUCGUCACCGGCUUCACCUACGACGAGUACGGCUAGCACAGCAACAGUUGCCUCGGCGACGGGAACAGCAAGUGGCGGUGGUAGUUCCUUGGCAACAGUAGCAGCAGCAGCAGCAACAAUAGUCAAACCAUCGUCGCUCAUGAGUCGACGUGGACGGCCACUUCCAAAAUUCGGCAUGCUGCUGGAUUCGGCUGCUGUGGUGCAUGACAACAGUGCCACAGGUGGACUGGAUCCCUGGUGUACGAUAUGUCUUCUUGUAAAGAAGAAAGAAGAUGCCAAUACUACUUCAACCACGACGGCAACAGCAGCAGCAGCAAAGACGGUUGCAUGUGAAUAGCAGCAGGAACAAUAAUGAUAAUUUAUGAAUAAAAUCUUAAUUUUAGGAUUGAAAUAACAACGAUGUAUGCUUGCUGCAGACAGACAUACAGGCAGGAAAGAAAAG